AAAAGGCCAAACGAAACGAAACGAAACGAAACAAAACAAAUCAAUCAGUCUCGAGUCUGACCUCCCGCGUCACUCGCAGCGACCCUGACCUAGAAUGGGAAAUGGUGCUCCACACUUGAUACUCCUUCCUUGGCCAGCUCUGUGUGUAGGGUUUCGACGCUCCACAACUUCAAUCUCUAUCCAUUUUCUCUCUCUUAAAAUCCAGAGACAAAGAUGGCUCGGGCGGCUCUCUUUGUUUGGUUGCUGAGAAAAUUUAAACAAUUUUUACUUCUGGAUUUUGGUUUUCCCCUUAGAGCUCAAUUGGACAGAGCUACACCCAUCUGGUUUUGUUGGAUUAAGAGGGUUCAUUUUGUAUGACCUGGCCUAUUAUUCAACAUUAUGCAUGCAAUAAAAGGUGGCUGGGUUGGGCAAACAUUUGCGUUGGCUAAAUGCAAUGAUUCUGGCGCAAAGAAGUCCCGGAUUCGACGUUCAAAAGAGGAAAGGAAGGCAAUAGUUGAAUCCUUUAUAAAGAAAUAUCAAAAAUUGAAUGAUGGGAGUUUCCCAUCACUUAACCUCACCCAUAAGGAAGCUGGUGGGUCUUUCUACACAAUUCGGGAGAUUGUCCGAGAAAUAAUUCAAGAAAAUAGAGUGUUGGGACCUGCUAAGUUGAUUCCAGAAGAGCAGAACACCAAUCAGUUCUUGGAACAAGAUCCUUUGAGAUCAAUUUCCAUAGAACCUCAAACUCAUCUGUUGGUAUCUUCAGAUGAUACUCAUACCAUGCCUGAUCAUCAACAGGAUUCAAGUGAAGUGUUGACUUUAAAUUCUAGAAGGGAGUUUACUGGACCUGAACAUCAGAGGUUUGACAAUGGAGUGAUAAUUAACGGGAACUGGGCAGAGGAGAAAAUUGAAGAAUCUGAUAAGUUUUUAAAUAAAGCAUUGGAAGUAAGCGAAACUCUAGAAGCAACAAAAAAUGUCAAAGAAUUGGAAGCGUCUACAGCUAAAGUAACUAGCAUAACAGCAGGUGUGAUAGUGGAGACAUUUCCAAUAAGGUCUGCUGUUAAGCCAGUGGAAAGUUUGGAAGGAAGCCCAAAUGAAGCAUGGAACUCAACUGGAAAUUUGGAAGAAAAAGAGACUGAAAAUAUGGGACUGGAACUUGGAAAUGGGGGUUCAUUUUUGGAUACAAAGGGCUCCGUGAUGAAUUGUUCUUCAUUGGUGGAUGAGAAAGCAGCAACAAAGCUUGCAGUUCCGUUGCCAGACAUGCAAACCAGUUGGGUGGAUGAGGAUGCAGAGGCAAUUCAUGGAGAUCCAACGUUGGAAAGCUCAUGUUGCUCUGCAACUGAAAAUGGUGUUGUGCAUUAUAUUCAGGACAGCAGUGCUCUUGAAGUUGAGCCUAUAUAUGCCCCAAAUGGCACAAAUACCAGCAGUCUUAGUGCAACUGAUUCAAGCAGUAGCUGUGGGGACUCAAUUUCGAAAGAAGUGACUCUGGCUGAAAAUGAAGCUGAAGUUUGUGGGAACUCCCUGGAAGAAAGUAAUUCGACUUUAGACAGAAUCAAUCUUGAAUCAUGGGCAGGAGCAUCUACAAAAUCUACCAAGCCAGAGACCAACCCCAUUUUGGCAUUUUUUAAAGUGUUCAUGGAUGCCUUUGUGAAAUUUUGGUCUGAAUAAUUUCUCUCAGGGUGUAUUUUCUUCUUGUUUCUGUUUCUAUGGAGUGGUUGAAGAGCAUUAAACCACCAGCACAGGGCGUGAUAUUAUUAUUUUUUUUUCGCAUUUCAUAACACCGGUUGAAGUUUGGUUGUGUUCAUUCAUUAGAUUUAUGUAGGUGGUGUUUUUUGGCA